AUGUCGAAUGAUGAAUCAAAUGUGGAAAAGAUACAGGACGAUGAGAAGCUAGCGAUCGCCGCGAUAUUCGGCGACGACGCGAAAUUCGCCGAAUGGAAAUGGAAAAAUUGGCAUCCGCUCGAGGUCACCAUUCAUCUCGAGCCGAUUGCGACGAGCUCGCGAGACGAGAAUCGCCGAAAAAUCGCCGUCGACGUUCACAUCACAUGCAGCAAAGAAUAUCCGUGGAGAAUUCCGAGUUUCGGCGUGAGAAACGUCGUCGGUUUCUCGCAAGACGUCGCCAAUCAGCUAAUUGAUAGGCUUAAACAAAAAGCCGCACAAUUAGUGGGAAAUGUGAUGAUAUUGGAUAUUUGCAACGAGGCUCGCGAUUUUCUGGGGACCAUCGACUCCAAACCCGCUCUUAGCUUUCAUGAUAAUAUGAUUAAAAUGCAAGCGGACGCUGCCGUUGAAACGACGAGGAAACGACUUGACAGUGACCGACGGGAGCUGGAACUUGUUGCUGAGGAGCAGGAGAAAAUUGCGAUUGAACGACAACUUAGGAAUCAAGGAGCACUAGAAAAAGAGAAUCGACUGGAGGGCGAAUUGCGAAUGAUCGGCGGCCGUCGAAUCGUCGUACUCUCCAAUAUUCCGCUGAAGCGAAAACGAAUUCAUCCAAUGUGCCAAGAAUGGAUGGGCUCGUUCGAAAACGAGCAGCUUCUCAUCUCGGAGUGGAGUUUUCGCUACACGCUCGGCCGCAAUCCCAACGAGACCAAAAAACGCGAUUUCGGUCCAUUUCUGAAGCGUCUCGAGGAAGUCGCCGACGAGUUGAACGCGCUAUGCCAAUUUCAGAAGCCCGAUCCGAAUUUGGUCGAGUACUCGUUCAUUCAUGUCCACAAAUUCUCAACAACCAUCACCAAUUUCGUCGUCAAGGUUUUCGUCGCUCAGAAAAUCUAUCCCGAUGAGGAGAACAUGCAAGACGUGUGCCACGCCGUCGCCACCAAUUCGAGUCUGAUUCGACGACUCGCCGCGCAAGCGGUGUGCGGCCUUCGUUUUUUGCACGAGCAACAAUUGGCGCACUCGGCGCUUCGAAUGCCGUCGGUUUGGCUUCGCGAGAAUGUGUUUCGAUUCUCCGAUUUUGGCACAUUAGCAGCUAUCACCGAACUGUGCACGUUUUUCAACGAGAUCAGCUCCGGAAAGCGGACCGAAGAGCUCGCGCGAAGCGAUGAGAACGAGAAGCCGCGAAAAAAGGACCUCUUUCAGCUCGGCACACUAUUGGAUGAGCUUUUGCGGACGGCGAGAGGCUCGAACUAUUCGAGGGUGCCGACGCCCGACAACGGUCAGAGCGAGGACAACUGCCUGCCGCGAUUCAUCAAGAAGUGUCAGGCGGCGAAGAACAUCGAUCAGCUCGUCGACGACUCGUUUCUGAAUCACGAGACGCCGUUGAGCGGCUCCGACAAUCUGUUCACCUCGUUCGGCGGCUCGAUGGAUCAGCAUUGUCGUGUGAUGAAGGAGUUUCUGCUCAUCACCAUGUUGGGCAAAGGCGGCUUCGGCGAUGUGAUACUGGCGAGGCAUCGACUUGAUAGUAUGGAUUAUGCGCUGAAGCGGAUCCCGUUGACGCCGGGCAACGAGCGUUUGAAUCGGCGGAUCAAGAAGGAGGCGAAGCUGUUCGCCAAAUUGAAUCAUCCCAAUGUGGUUAGAUAUUUUAGUGCUUGGGAGGAGGAUCUAAACGCGUUGUCGGAUCACAAUGAUUCGGGCGACGAAUCGCUUGGCGCGGUGCCAAUUCCCGGCAAAGUGGCGAAGAAGCGCAACAGCGGCGGCAAGAAGGUUGCGAUCGCGAUUCCCGACGAGAAGGAUGACGAUGAUUGGAACAAUUCGCUUCUGCCGCCAAAUUUGCGCGAGAUCGAGCGCGAAGCGGCGGCCGCUGUGCGAAGUCGCAGUCGAAAAAUUGUCAAAGAGACGAGCGAGUGGAGCACGAGCUAUCGGGUCAAAGGCGAUUCGCGUAGCUCGAGCUCGUCGAGCUCCAAUGAGCCGGAUGGCGUUGGUCGAAAAAGCGCCGGACUGAAUCACUCGUCGACGAAUCGCGUGCAGACGUUGUUCUCGCCGAAAAAUGUCGCGAUACCCGACGACGACUUGAGCAUUUUCUGGGAGGAAUCCGAUGAGCAUGAGGAGGAAGAGGAGGACGAUGAGGAUGAGACCGAGGAGAGCGCUUAUGGUCGUUACUCGACGGCGAACACGGACGCCACUGAAUCGGUUGAUAUUGUGUUCGAGAAUGGCGAUUCGGAAGUGAAAAACGAGUCGAAAAUUGUGGAGAUCGACGAGAAAUCGAUCGAAACGCCGCAUUUUAAGACUCCGAUUAUCCGACGUCCGAAGGUUCUGAUUAUUCAGAUGGAGUAUUGCGAGAAGGGCACAUUGCGGCAGUGCAUUGAUGAUGGGUUGUUUGUUAAUGAUGCCGAGAAUAUUUGGAGAAUCUUCUCCGAGAUCCUCUCCGGCCUUCAAUACAUGCACAAUCAAGGUGUGAUCCAUCGCGACAUCAAACCGAUGAACAUCUUCCUCAAUAGUCAACAGAGUGUCAAGAUUGGCGAUUUCGGUCUCGCGACGAAAGAGCUGAACAAGUAUCGAAAGAAGGCGGCCGACAAGAGCGCGAGCAUUGAAGCGGUGACGGAGCGGAAGAGCGCCGACACCGGCGCCGAUCAGACGAGAGACAUCGGCACACAGAUGUACAUGGCGCCGGAGUUGUGCGACGAGGACACGCAACUCCAGAAGACUCGAUAUUCGUCAAAAGUUGAUGUCUACAGCACCGGCGUUGUGCUGUUCGAGAUGUUCUAUCGACCGCUGCCGGUCGGAAUGGAGCGAAUGUCGACGCUGACGGCGUUGAAGAAUGAGCUCAAAAUUCCCGACGAUUUCGGCGCGAAUUUCAGCGCGACACAAACGUUGGCGGCGCGCAAGACGAUCGAAUGGAUGCUGAAGAGGAAUCCCGACGAGCGGCCGAGCGUCGAGGAAUUGCUCAAUGAUGAUAGUCUGCCGAAGAACCGCGAAGAGGACGAGCACUUCAAGAAGCAAUUUUUGAGGGUGCUCAAAAAGAAGAACGGCACAAUGCAUAAAUGGGUGUUGGACGCGCAAUUCGAUGAGGAUGUCAGCCUAAGCGCCAACUAUUUGUAUGAUGUCGAGAUUUGCAAGGAGCGCUUCAUGCUAAUGCGCGAUCGUCACAUCGAGAAGUUGUGCUUCGAGCUCACCGACAUCCUCAAAUCGCACUUCUACGAGCCGGUUCAGACGCACACGCUGGUGACGGCGGCGACGGCGAGAAGCUCGCAGCCGGUGCGCUUCAAACCGACCGAGAUACUCAACAAAACGGGAACACCGCUGGCGUUGCCGACGGAUCUUCGCCAGAAUUUUGUGAGAUACUGCCUUCGGAAUGCGGUGAAUCGUCUGAAGCGAUACAAUUUCGGGCGAGUUUACUGGUUUGAUGAGAGCAUGGGCAGCACCCAUCCGCAAGAGCGCUGGGAAUGCUCUGUGGAUAGUAUUGGUCCGGGAGCGGCGUCGGCUUCUCUCGAGGCUGAGCUCAUUAUGACAGCGUGUCAGCUGCUUGCUCGCACCGUUCAAGGAUUGAAGUUGGUGCUUCGCAUCGGACACGUCGGACUCAUCGAGGCCGUCAUUCGACACCUCAAAAUAAACGACGAGCUUCGCGGGAUUGUCCUCGAGAAGCUGCACAUGUUCAGCACAAUGGAUAAGGUUCCAUCGCAAGCCGAACGCGUCGAGCAGCUUGGCAAAUUCAUUGGCAAAAAAACGGCGGCGUCGCUUCUAUCGAAUUUGCCGUGUGAGACGUCGUUGGCGAAAUUUCGAGAGUCGUGCAGACAUCUGCUGAAAUCGAGAGUUGUUGACAUUCAGGAAACGACGGAGAAAAUUCUCGGCGAACUCGAGAUGAUCCAGGAGAUCAUGUCGUACGGUAGGACUCGUUCUCGAAUUGCGUUUUAUGAUGAGUUGACAGGAUCGGUUGAGGAGAUCGCCCGUGUUAAUGUGGUGUUUGAUGCUCAAACGUCCUACAGGCCGAAGACGUUCGGUGACGGACUCGUGUUCCAGGUUGUCAUCGAGGUUCCCACCAAAAAAGGCGCGACUAAAUCGAUUGGCGUGCUCGCUGGUGGCCGCUAUGACUCGGCGUUGCUCAGAGAGCAGCAUCCGCGAGACUAUGCGCCGCCGGUGCCGCGAUGUCUCGUCGGAUUCGCGAUCUCGAUGGACGUCGUCGCCGAGAUUCGCCGUCGCGUGCCGAAUGCGACCAAUUCGGCGCCGGCGCCUUGCAAGACGAUGAUUUGCUCGAUGACGCAGGCUGACAACAAUUUGCUGCUCGCUGAGAAGUUUCGGCUUGCCAAGAAGCUGUGGGAUAUGAAUCUGGUGGCUGAUGUUCUUCAUGAGCCGGUCACUCAUCCCGAAAAUCUGAAUGAGCAUUGCGAGAAGAAGGAGAUCUCGCACAUGUUGGUGGUGUGCAACUCGAUUCCGGAGAUCUUGGUCCGUUGCCACAACUCGAACUACGGCAAAAUGGACAUGGAGAAGGCGGUAGCGACGGUGUGUCGCGACGGCGCCGCGACAACGCCGAUCCUUCAGUGUCAGGCGCCGGCGGGCGACGCGCCGCACGAGGAGAUGCCGACGCCGCUGUCGGCGUCGCGAAGCGUCUCAUCGUCGUACAUUCUCACCGCGAGCACGACGAAAGGCGCAUCCGGAGCGACGUCGGCGAAUCUGAAUAUCACGCUCGGCAUGGCCGAACGCGUCGGAUUGAAAGAGAAGAAGAGAAUUGAGACGCAAGUUCGAACUCAUCUUGCCGACACGUUCUCGAUGUUCAAUCCGCGAUCGCGAAUCGAGGUGAUCGUGACGGAUUUGAGCAAGGAGCUCAUCAAGGCGAUUGUUGGUGAUGUGUCGAGGAAUUGCAGUGUUGAUGAGGUGAGCACCGUGUUCGAGCAGCUCGGCCGCCAAAACCAUCGUCAAUCCGUCGAACUCGACGCGCUCUGCCAUCAACUCAACGCGAUAAUGAAACAAGUUGCCACGUCACCAAUCAAUCAUCAAAUGUCCGCAGGUGCCAUCAUAGUCAUCUAUAGGCAUUCCGACAACUUUUAUCGCUUCAUGACCUAG